UCAGUGUGUGGUUUAAAGGGGUUGGACUGAGAGUGUGGUGUAUGUGUGUGUGUGAACGCGAGAGGGCGCUGUUGUGUGUGUGUGUGUGUGUGUGCGCUCCUAAACAGCGCACACACCGUGCAGUCGCUGCUGUUAUGUGUUGUAUGGCGCUGGUUCUGGACGCGCUGAGCGUUUCUCUCGCUUCUUCUUCGAGACGUUUGACAUGUAGAGGAGAAAAACUGCCAUGAGCUCCAAUUUCGCUCUGUCGAGAAGUUUAAGGAGGACUGGGAGCUUCCCAUCCGCGAGAACCGUGAGGAUAGUCAUCCUAGGACAAGCAGCAGUGGGCAAAACAGCUCUGGCCGUGCGAUUCAUCACUAAGAGGUUCAUAGGAGAGUAUGAUCCAACUCUAGAGACCAUCUACAGACAUGAGGUGACAAUAGGGGGCGAUGCAGUCAUCUUUGAGAUAUUGGACACAGCCGGACAGGAGGAAGACGCCCUGAUGGUUGAGGAGAAAAUCAAAUGGGGCGACGGCUUUAUCAUCGUUUACUCCGUGACUGACCGCUGCAGCUUCGAUGAGGUCAUGCGUCUUUGUUUCCUGGUCAACCACAUCCACACAGCGGGUGGCAGACGGAGCUGCGCUGAGCCACCGCCCAUGCUCAUAGUGGCCAAUAAAAAGGACCUGGAGUUCGACCGGAUGGUUUCCACGGAGGACGGAGAGAGCCUUUCUCGCGGCCUGAAGCUUCCUCUGCAUGAGGUCUCGGUGCGGGAUGGAUGGGAGGAGACAGCAGGAGUGUUUCACGCUCUCUAUGCUGAUGUGAUUCAGCAGAUGGACUCGUCUCCGCCGUCUUUCCGCAGACGCGCCGUCUCCAGAUUGAUGGAUAAAAUCCCCAGAAUCCACUCCAACUCUGCGUUGGCCUCCACCGGCCGCAGUUUCAGCUUCAGCUCCUUCAGAGACCUCCUUCCUGACUGAGUGAGGGGCUGACAUGAAAGAGCAUAGCUGUGGGGUGCACAGUAUAUCGUUUGUCUUUAUUGCGACACUGAACUUCACUGGUAUAACGCUGGUAUAAAAGUGUGCGAUGUGCAGAUGAGCCAUCUAACCAGUCGCUGAGCGUUUUGUUGUGUGCUGUGGCCAAUCACAGCUGUCCAAUGGGUGUUCAGAUGAGUCAGAGAUUCAGCAAAUUAAUUGUCACUGUCCAAAAAAAAAAAAAGGCUUCAAAGAA